CAGACUAAGACCAUCAAGAAUCAAUAAUGAUGAUGAAGGAGAAGAAGGUUUCUGCAGCUGUGGCUGUGUUGGCCAUUGUGAUGCUUCUUCUUGUUGAGGCUCCAAAGCCACACAUGGGUCAGGGCGUCUCUUGCAGCCCUCUUGAGUUGAGCUCUUGCCUUGGCUCCAUCACUUCAUCUUCUCCACCUUCAACCACUUGCUGCCAGAAGGUGAGGGAGCAGAGGCCAUGUCUGUGUCAAUACCUGCAAAAUCCAAGUCUGAGGCAAUAUGUGAACAGUCCAGGUGCCAGAAGGGUUGCUACUUCCUGUGGAGUUCCAUAUCCAACUUGCUAAUUAGCUUUCAUUUUAAUUAUAUUUGUGUAUUAAUGCAAGUAUAUGGUACUGUUAUACUUGCAGCCUGCAAUUUAUUAGUGUAUUAAUUAGGUGGGGUAUGUGUAUUAAUGCUCCAUGCAUGAGUAAUUGAUGCUGUUCAACUGAAAUAGGUACUGAUCUGUGGUGAUAUGGGAGCAGUGAAAAUUUAUACCAUGA